AUGUCGUCUCAUCUCACCACCAACAUUGCACCUCCCUCUGCCAAUACAGAGAGAUUCAGCCCCAUCAUUACCCUGCUCACGGGUUAUUUGAAGGCAGUCUGCCCAGGUGAACUGGACAAGGCGGUCAAAACGGCCUGCAGCAAGUUUCCCCAUCUUACGCAGCAGCUAAAGAUUACCGACGAAGCUUCCUUCUUGUCGUUUGCCAAUACCCUUCUCAAAUGGACCCCGACCGAGACGCAGGACGGCACCUACAUUUACAACAUCUUUUGCAUCUUUUACUUUGUCUUUGACCAGGGGAAGCUGGGAGAACUCCAAACGCCGAUUAGACCUGACCAGGUAGGAAAAGAUCUCACGUGCCUCUCAUCCUGGAUCGUCGUGUACUCGCAGCUCGUCGGCCAAUUCAUGGAUACGCCCGAGUCCAUCACCCCCAAAUCGCUCGAGACUUUUAAAAACGCGCCACGGUACAGUUAUGACGACGCCGUCGUUCCUCCGGGAGGCUGGAGAACUUUUAAUGAUUUCUUCGCCCGGAAGCUGAAACCAGGCAAAAGGCCCAUCGACUCGCAAGGCAACGACAAAGUCGUCGUGUAUCCAGCCGACUGCACAUAUGAUAACUCUAUAGAGCGUCAGAGUAUCGUCACCGUUGGAGGAAAUGACUCGGUUACCAUAAAGGGCCUUUCAUGGACCAUCUCAUCGCUGCUAGAGGGCAGCGCUAACGCCGAAGAUUUCCAAGGCGGUGUUUGGAUGCAUGCCUAUCUGAAUACCUACAACUACCAUCGUCAGCACGCACCAGUUUCUGGCAAGAUUAUCGAGGCAAGAAAUAUCCAAGGCACGGCAUAUCUCGAGGUGGACGUGGACGGUAACCCGGUGCGACAUGUGGAAGGGCCGCACAUGCCGGAUUCUCCCGGCUACCAGUUUCUGCAGACCAGAGGCGUCGUCGUCAUUGACAACCCAGUGUUGGGCAAAGUCGCGGUGCUACCCAUUGGCAUGGCCAUGAUUUCAUCAGUCAAGCUCGAAGUCAAAGUGGGAGAUCAAGUCAAGAAAGGCGACGAGAUUUCAUACUUUCAGUUUGGGGGGUCUGAUAUCAUCUGCGUGUUUCAGAAAAAGGCAGGCUUGACUCCCGAACACUUUAAGAAAUCACCUUCGGAGGAAGGCAUCACAUACUCCAAGAUGGGAUCAGUGCUGGCAAAAUGUCCCUGA